GAUGCCUAUUUUAUUAGAUUAAAAUGUCUUAUGCAAUUGUUUCAUUUGAUGAAAGUAAUGAAACGGAUUUUCUUCCAUUAAACUGGAUUGCUGAUGGUACCUUAAUGAGUGAUAUUCCUAUGCGAAUUAAAAAGCAUCAUAUAGUCGAGUUUUACUGGCCUCCACUAAAAAAUCCAGAAAGUAUUUCUAAGGCAAAAAGUUGGUGUUUAGAGGCCGAUUUGAAUUGGCCCACUUAUAAAGCACGAAUUUUGUCUACUGCUGAUUCACUUUAUGAGGCUCGUCAGAAAGCAAUAUUGGCUGAAGACACUUCGAACCUCGAAGUUGAAAAUAGUAUAAAGCAAAGAAGAAUAAAUAUUAUACAAGCUGAUGAAAGUGACAAAAGUGAAGUUGAAUCUGAUUGCAGCGAAGAGUUUAUUGAAAAGAAAAAGAAAGUUAUUGAUGUGCACAAAAAAAUGAAACAUGUAGAAAAAUCUUAUUCUUUACCUAAACCAAAAUCUCCAAUUCAAAUUAUACCUAAGCCAGUUCCUCCUUCAUUUUUAUCAGUAAAACGUUCUGAUAGUUUCAAUCAAUCUGAUUGGAAUGAUUGUGAUAUUGAAAUUACUCGUCAUAAUACAACUGUUCUUGAAAAUAAGACAUAUAUGCCAACAUUCGAUUCUUCUGCUAACUUUGCAAGUACUAGUCAGACUAACACAAUAUUAACUGCAAUUUUGACACAAAUUGAAGACAUAAAACAAACUUUAAAAGUUCAUUCUGCUAUUUUGCAAAGCCUAGUGCAACGAGACAGAGGUAUAAAUGCAAGUUUAUGUCAGCUUCCAGAGGAUAUAAAAUUACCUAUUUUAACAUAUGAGGAUCUACUAGUAAUGGAUCAGAAGUUGAUAGAUCCUCUAGUGAAGAAAUGUAUGAUUAAAGUGAUAGCUGAUAUAGGUGGAGUUGAUCUUUCCGAUUUUAUAAAACGAUCAAUGAAAUUUCUUCUUGGCAAUGAUCUCUCUAAAAAAUUAAAUCUUACUGGACAAAAUCAAAAGCAACCUUUUAAAACAUUGAAUAUAUGUGAAGUUCUGUUCAGUAGCGUGAAAGUUAAUGCAACUACUCUAGAUGCAAAUAAAAAGCAAAUCGAGGCAGAACUAUCAAAGUGGUUUACCAAUUCACGGGAUCGUGGUAGUGAUCGUCGGGGAAUAAAAAAAAGAUUAAAAGACAUCAACAAUGAAUCAGAUUUUAUUUUCAACAAAUAAUUUGUUGCAUAAUAUUUUAGAAAAUAAAAUUUUUAUUUAAAAUUAUUUUGAUGUGGUUUUUAAAUUUAUCCAACAUUAUAUAUCUCAGUUAUUCAUAGCA